CGGGGCAUUUCUUCAUUUCUCCAUUUCUUCCUUUCUUCCUUUCUUUAGCGACUGCAAAGAUUUUGAUAAACCUCAAAUCUACCUAUCUAUAGAACAGAAAACAUGCCAUUAAUCAUCCUCACCGGACUCCCCACGUCCGGCAAGUCGACUCGCGCAAAACAGCUACACACCUACCUAUUCGAGCGCAUACAGCAAGCCUCCUCCUCCACCCCUCCCACCCCCGCCGCAAAGUAUCGCCUCCACCUGAUCUCAGACCAGACGCUUUCGAUCUCGCGCUCCGUGUACGACCUCUCCGCCGCGCCAGCGCAGCACACGCGAUCGGCCAAUGCCUCGGAGAAAGACGCGCGCGCGGCCAUCUACGGCGCCGUCAAGCGCGUGCUCAGCGACCGCGACAUCGUCAUCCUCGACGGCCUCAACUACAUCAAGGGCUGGCGGUACCAGCUCUUCUGCGAGUCCAAGGCCGUGCGCACGCCGAGCUGCGUUUUGCAGAUAGGUUGUAUGAGGGAUAGGGCGAGGGGCGUGAAUGAGGAGAGGCUGCAGCGGCGGAAGCAGCAGCAACAGCAACAGCGGGAAGGUGCCAACGAUGAUGAAACCGAUACUGCAAAAGGUGGAGAGAAAAUUGAGGAGGAAAAAGAGAACGACGAGGAGGGCCCGUACGAGCCGGCGAACUGGGAGAACCUGGUCUUCCGCUACGAAGAACCGAAUGCGAUGACGAGGUGGGACAGCCCGCUCUUCACCCUCAUCUGGGAAGACGACGAGCCGCAGGCCAAGCAGGUGUUCGAUAGCAUGUGGGAUGCGAUUGCAGGCGAGGCUCGGAAGUUGGUGCGGCCCAACCAGGCAACCGUGCAGCGGAGCCGAGAUUCAGGAGGCGAUUACUUGUACGUGCUGGACCGGGAGACACAGGAGAUCGUCAAAAAGAUACUAGACCAGCAAAGCGACGACGGCGGGGAUGAGAUAAGUAUCUCGAAAGCUAGCGGCGAGGAGGGAGAUGAGUUGGUCGUGGAGCUGCCCGCUGGCAAGAAAGUCGGCCUGCCUCAGCUACAGCGUCUACGGAGAGCUUACAUGAACUUGCACAGAGGCGGGAUUGGCCUCGAAGGGGUGGGGAAUAUGGGGCCGGGGAGGAUACGAGAGACAUUUGUGGGUUAUCUGAACGACGCCUUCGAAAAGGAUGGUUGAUUUGUUGGGUUUUAUAUGUGUGUGUGUGUGUUCAUAAGCCACAGAUGGGAAAACUCUUGUUUUUAUCGUGAUACCCCCUCGCCCUAGCAUUUAUGAAGGACCUGAGUUUAUAUACUGGUUGAAGGUCACAAACGUCAUGAUCGCACCUUGAUUAUAGAUAUAGAAUAUUGAAUUUUGUACGAAGAUAAGUACGCAUAUAGUAGUAUAGUACACUUACUUCAUAAUAAAAGACGCCAAGAUCAGGGUGGAA